GCAAAAAUAAAUAUAUGGAGUGACUGGAGUUACCAGGUUGCUUGUACAUCUUUUAUUAUUACAAAAAUAAAAUAAGAAUUAUGGCUAUUACAAAUUCUUUAGCUGAUAUCGCACAGAAAUCUGCUGUUCUUUUACUUGCUGGAACCACUGUCUAUUACAUGGUUAAUGUGGGUAUGCUUGUUAAUCGUAGAAUGGAAUUAAAGAAACAAGGAAAACUUCAGGAAGAACUUGCUCGCUUAAAUGGCAUACUCGAUUUACAAAAAAAUGAUGAAAAAAUACUUCAUGCUGAAACCUCAACUACUCCAACACCUUUGCCAGAUACAAGUAUACCUGGUGAAACUGUAAAAGAUCUUUAAUUUUGUAAUAUAUGCACAGAACCUUUCAUUUGUUUACUUGCUUGCUUUUUUUUUUCUUUUUUUGUAUAAAU